UGGUCUUGGACUUCGAGUCGGUCAAUGCGAGCAGCGCAGCAUCUGCUGGUCUGGUCGUUCAGGUCAAUACUGUCAACAAGUUCUGGUCCACCAAUGAUGGAUGCUGCCGCUGCACGAUACUCGGCGAUAGAGUAUGUCGAUUGAUAUGAGCCUCUGAAGGGGACUCGGUGAAGGUCAAACACUCAGAAGGAGAUCUUCGGAAGUGCUCGUGGCGGGGGAUGGCCGCUACUGAUCGUGGGGUCACAGACACUUGCAGGCAGAUGCAAUGCGCCGAUGGCCUCAACCACGACAACGCACGACAACGCAAGGACGAAACGGAUGUUGAUGGGCUCGCUACGUCCGGGGCAGUCUAUCGGCAGUCCUUAUAUAUAUCAUGCAAGGCUAUCAACCAUAGCCCCGAGCUCCCACUUUCAGCUGUUCAACUUGUGUGCAUCUACUACUAUUCCCUCUUUCCCUACGGCGCAGCCACAUGAGGCGGCGUGGCCCAACCCCCAAUCAGUGUGGUAUGUGAGCAAGGCUUGGACCCUGGAGAGGGCGGCAAGAACGGCAGGGGUACCGUGGACAGGGGUGCCAGUGCGGGUCCUGCUCUGGCAAUGCAGUGCCCGGAAAAAGGUAUGCAAAGUGCCCAAAUUCAAGGCGAAAAGGCGAAGUGCGAACUGAAGUGCUGCUGCAUGAGUCUUGUUCAGCUUGUCAUUAUUAUUAUGAACCCACUGCUGUCUCGGGUACUUGAGUGUGGGAUGGUCAUGUUGCUCUGGCACGGUCAUGUCUCGCCCAAAUCGCAAAGCCCGAAUACACCCUCAUUCUCUGCCCCACCUCCACUGGCGUCGAGCAUGACUUGUAUAUCGAUGUAGUCAUUAUCCCCAAAGUCAAAUCACCGAUGUUGGAUGCUAGGGUCAAGUGGUCUUACAAGAUCAUUCGCGAAGCCGUAUCUCGCUUCUCUCCAAGCCACGGUCAUCACUUCGGCCUUGCGAGGCAGUAGUUUUCGUGGCGAGAAUCGUGCGAUUUCCAGCAAAGGGCCACGAAACUGUGCGCGACCACUAGACCAAGGACUUCGUCACAUAUUGUCCCCCUCAUUGUUCCGGAUAUGGUUCCCGUCCCAUACAGUACCAGUAGCUGUUAGGUUGAAUGUUCUGCAUCCCGUUAUCAAAAUGCUGUGCGACUUGGAUUGAGAUUCCGCCGGACGCAGACUGAUUGUCAGUACGUUCUUUUGUUCAGUUGCAAAGAUAUUUAUUGGAAACUCUGAGAUGCUCUGCAUCCAGGCUCAUGCAAUGCAGUGCGACGGGAGCUCUGCGCGGGCCGUGGCAGGACUUGGAUAAACUGGUCAGGGCCGGAUGGUUCGUACCGAAGGCUGAUGGCUGUUGGCUGCUGGCUUGCAGCCGGACAUCCACUACAUGCACCAACUGCUAGCGAGAAGUCAGCAAUGGGCGAAGGACUAGUAUUCUCAUCCUCGAAUCGAUGAAUCAAGUCCCGACUCGAACGCAGUCGACCAUGGCAUGCUGGGGUGGGAGCAGGUGUCAGUUGUAGCCAGGAUUGGUCGUGCUGUAUGCAAGUGAUAGUUACAUGAGGGAGUACCAGAACGCGGUGUGAUUGGGGGACGCUGGUGUUGGUCUGGGGGAGCCAAUGAAUUAGCGCCAACGCUGACAGCUUUCGAGUUUGGAUCUACGG